AUGCGAGCCUUGAAUACACGCGCACAUCACCGGCAGCAGCAGAAUUCUUCAAGAGGUAUCACCACGACAGACACGAACACAUCACCAGCAGCAGUAGGAUUCUGCAAGAGGCAUCACCGCGACAAACACGCGCACAUCACCAACAGCAGCAGGAUUCUGCAAGAAGCAGCACCGCUACAGGCACGCGCACAUCACCAGCAGCAGCAGGCUUCUGCAAGAAGCACCACUGCUACAGACACGCGCACAUCACCAGCAGCAGCAGGCUUCUGCAAGAAGCACCACUGCUACAGACACCCGUACAUCACCAGCAACAGCAGGAUUCUGCAAGAAGUAUCAUCACGACAGACACACGCACAUCACCACCAGCAGCAGGCUUCUGCAAAAAGCACCACUGCUACAGACACGCGCACAUCACCAGCAGCAGCAGCAGGCUUCUGCAAGAAGCACCACUGCUACAGACACGCGCACAUCACCACCAGCAGCAGGCUUCUGCAAGAAGCACCACUGCUACAGACACGCGCACAUCACCAGCAGCAGCAGGAUUCUGCAAGAAGCAUCAUCACGACAGACACGCGCACAUCACCACCAGCAGCAGGCUUCUGCAAGAAGCACCACUGCUACAGACACGCGCACAUCACCAGCAACAGCAGGAUUCUGCAAGAAGCAUCAUCACGACAGACACGCGCACAUCACCACCAGCAGCAGGCUUCUGCAAAAAGCACCACUGCUACAGACACGCGCACAUCACCAGCAGCAGCAGCAAGCUUCUGCAAGAAGCACCACUGCUACAGACACGCGCACAUCACCACCAGCAGCAGGCUUCUGCAAGAAGCACCACUGCUACACACACGCGCACAUCACCAGCAGCAGCAGGAUUCUGCAAGAGGCAUCACUACGACAGACACGCGCACAUCACCAGCAGCAGCAGGCUUCUGCAAGAAGAACCACCGCUACAGACACGCGCACAUCACCAGCAGCAGCAGGCUUCUGCAAGAAGCACCACUGCUACAGACACGCGCACAUCACCAGCAACAGCAGGAUUCUGCAAGAAGCAUCAUCACGACAGACACGCGCACAUCACCACCAGCAGCAGGCUUCUGCAAGAAGCACCACUGCUACAGACACGCGCACAUCACCACCAGCAGCAGGCUUCUGCAAGAAGCACCACUGCUACAGACACGCGCACAUAACCAGCAGCAGCAGGAUUCUGCAAGAGGCAUCACCGCGACAGACACGCGCACAUCACCAGCAGCAGCAGGCUUCUGCAAGAAGAACCACCGCUACAGACACGCGCACAUCACCAGCAGCAGCAGGCUUCUGCAAGAAGCACCACUGCUACAGACACGCGCACAUCACCAGCAACAGCAGGAUUCUGCAAGAAGCAUCAUCACGACAGACACGCGCACAUCACCAGCAACAGCAGGAUUCUGCAAGAAGCAUCAUCACGACAGACACGCGCACAUCACCACCAGCAGCAGGCUUCUGCAAGAAGCACCACUGCUACAGACACGCGCACAUUACCACCAGCAGCAGGCUUCUGCAAGAAGCACCACUGCUACAAACACGCGCACAUCACCAGCAGCAGCAGGAUUCUGCAAGAGGCAUCACCGCGACAGACACGCGCACAUCACCAGCAGCAGCAGGCUUCUGCAAGAAGAACCACCGCUACAGACACGCGCACAUCACCAGCAGCAGCAGGCUUCUGCAAGAAGCACCACUGCUACAGACACGCGCACAUCACCAGCAAAAGCAGGAUUCUGCAAGAAGCAUCAUCACGACAGACACGCGCACAUCACCACCAGCAGCAGGCUUCUGCAAAAAGCACCACUGCUACAGACACGCGCACAUCACCAGCAGCAGCAGGAUUCUGCAAGAAGCACCACUGCUACAGACACGCGCACAUCACCACCAGCAGCAGGCUUCUGCAAGAAGCACCACUGCUACAGACACGCGCACAUCACCAGCAGCAGCAGGAUUCUGCAAGAGGCAUCACCGCGACAGACACGCGCACAUCACCACCAGCAGAAGGCUUCUGCAAGAAGCACCACUGCUACAGAUACGCGCACAUCACCAGCAGCAGCAGGCUUCUGCAAGAAGCACCACUGCUACAGACACGCGCACAUCACCACCAGCAGCAGGCUUCUGCAAGAAGCACCACUGCUACAGACACGCGCACAUCACCAUCAGCAGCAGGCUUCUGCAAGAAGCACCACUGCUACAGACACGCGCACAUCACCACCAGCAGCAGGCUUCUGCAAGAAGCACCACUGCUACAGACACGGGGACAUCACCAGCAGCAGCAGGAUUCUGCAAGAGGCAUCACCGCGACAGACACACGCACAUCACCACCAGCAGCAGGCUUCUGCAAGAAGCACCACUGCUACAGAUACGCGCACAUCACCAGCAGCAGCAGGCUUCUGCAAGAAGCACCACUGCUACAGACACGCGCACAUCACCAGCAGCAGCAGGAUUCUGCAAGAGGCAUCACCGCGACAGACACGCGCACAUCACCAGCAGCAGCAGGAUUCUGCAAGAGGCAUCACCGCGACAGACACGCGCACAUCACCAGCAGCAGCAGGAUUCUGCAAGAGGCAUCACCGCGACAGACACGCGCACAUCACCAGCAGCAGCAGGCUUCUGCAAGAAGCACCACUGCUACAGACACUUGCACAUCACCAGCAACAGCAGGAUUCUGCAAGAAGCAUCAUCACGACAGACACGUGCACAUCACCAGCAGCAGCAGGAUUCUGCAAGAAGAACCACCGCUACAGACACGCGCACAUCACCACCAGCAGCAGCGGCCAAAACGUGGCAAACUAA